GGUCUAUGGUGCUGCCCCCAACAAAUAAAACUGUCACUCAAACUGAAACUAUAACUGAAGCCAAAAGACAUGUUAGCUUACUUAUUAAGUAGCGAUGUGAUUCCAAAUGGAGUUAGAAGCGGCUCCUUAAUUAUUAUAUUUAUCCUAUCCGUAUUUUUUGAUCGGUCAGUAUGGCUGGGAAUGGAUUACUUGAUUUCCUUUAUUACCGGUCUGGCUUUGUUCAUCGUUCCACAACAUUUGCUGCAAUUUCAGAUAUUUGGAACAUUGGAUAGUCAUCAUUAUAUCUUAGCAAGGGCACUUGGUGUAGUCAUUCUAUCUAAUGUCUUGUAUUGUUACUUGGUUUCAAACUCGAGGGACGGUACCGUUCAUAUAUCUUAUCUAAGUUCUAAAUCAGCGAGUCUCUGCUUAAUGCUAUUGGCUGGUGCACAUGCUGUAUAUGGGACAAAAGCCACUAGCAAACCCAGGUUAACCGAUGAGCAAUUUCUAUCAUUUAGUGGUUUGGCUUGUUUACUAUCACUCCUUGGAAAUAUUUAUCAUCUAGCCUUAUCAAAAGACUACAGUUCUUUUCCAAAUUAUCAUAUAAGAUUUCAUAUGCACUUACGACUAGACUUUCUAAUUUCUUGUACAAGAGCUAUUGCAAUUUAUGCAUUUCCAAUUAUGGCAAUGAAAGCAUUGAAUGUCAAGCAAGAUGUUGUGUCUCAUACUCUACUAAGAUUUAUUGCCAGCGAAGAUAUACUAGCUUCCUUAAUAUCGCUACAGGCUGGAACAUUCUUAUACGAACGUGAAAAAACUAUAAAAAUGUAUUGUCGUAUUCAGAGCUCUAUUACGCAAAUAUUAUUCUUCUCCUACGUCUGCUUCUUCUCCAACUUAAAUGUAUCACAUUCUGUGUUUUACUUAUAUUGCGGUUUAAAUAUUCUUUUAAUUCUGAAUGCCGCUUUUUCGUUAACUGAAAGUGCUAUGCUUAUACACGAUUAUCGUUCACCGAGUAAGAAUGGAAAAGAUGAUAAUAUCGAUCAUAGUUGGUUCGAAGCAAGAAAGACUCCCGAGAAAGUAACGAAGCAAUUGUUCACCUAA